AUGGAACGACUCAUCCGAUAUGGAAGUGUUGACGCAAUUCCCUACUACAACUGUAGCUGGAAGACAUCUGAGGAGUGGAAUGAGUUGGGACUGAAACGACCAGUACUCGGAUGGUUUUUGGUUUUAUUCGGGGGAACUGUUGAGGUUCUCUACUUGCCCAUUCUUUACAUCAUUUUCAAAACCAAACUUAUCCGCUAUGCCUGCUACAAACUUAUAGUAUUUCUCGCUUUGACUGAUAUGAGUGCUACAGUGUGCAGUUCGAUAAUCAGUGGGAUUCUUUACAUCCAGGGAGCAGUGUUUUGCACCUAUCCGACGUUUGAAUACAUCGCUGGCGGAUUUGCAAUUAAUACAUGGUGCAUGGCAUGUGCCAUAAACAUCUCGUUGUUUACCAAUCGAGUAUGUAGUAUUGCAUUUCAUGAAUACAUCGACGUCAUCGAGGGGAAAUUGACGUAUUUUAGUAUGGUUAUAUCGGGGAUUUAUGGGAUGUACAUUCUGUUUUUCACACCAAUUAUUUGUUUCAAUUCGGUUGCGUUGGCAUGGAUUUCAGAGCCAUUGUCGGAGAGAGAAGAGAGUCAAGAAGCUGAUGAAAUGUACGACAAUGAAUGGCAAUCAUGGAAUAACUAUCUCUUCGUCGCUAUCAUGUUUUUCUUAUACAUCACUUAUUGUGUUUUAGUGAAGAAGUUGGCUCACGGACAGAAAUCCAAAAAAUCGAGAGCGAUAUUCAUCCAAUGCGCUGUAAUCUGUUUCUUCAACACAGUAACCGCUCUCGUCUACAAUGCAUUAUCCCUCAUGACACCUGCUCCAUGGAUUGUUCUUCUGGGUCAACUGUGUUGGUCUAUCAAUCAUGGAUGCCCUGCAAUCAUCUAUUUGACUAUGAAUGAAACUAUCAGAAAUAGUUUUUUACAGUUAUUCUGUAGACAUAAAGUCUCGAAAGUGGAAACUACUAACAGUGGUCACAACACUCAUCCAAUCACGGUCUCUCAUCAACAUGUGAUUUGA